AUGGAAGAAUUCCAAGCUAACAACUUAGUCCCAACCAAGGCCAAGAGAAAGAGAAAGAGGUCUGCACACUCCAGACCUCCCCCUACCCAAAAUCACCCAUGUUGGCGGAGCUUUGUCUACCUCCUUAUUAUGUUAGAGGUGGAGUAUGACAAGCAGGUACCUUCACGAUAUGUCAUCGCCUACGUAGCUACCCCAGGUGGAAGGGUCCCCUGGCUUGACCAGAGUCUCUGCAAACAUGGGAAACCCCAAAAGGGGGGAAUGAGAAGCUCCACCAAGGGGGCAUGGGAAGCCCCACCAGGGGGGGCAUGGGAGGCCCCACCAGGGGGGCAAGGGAGGCCCCACCAGGGGGGGCACGGGAGGCCCCACAGGGGGGGAUGGGAAGGCCCCACCAGGGGGGGCACAGGAGGCCCCACCAGGGGGGGCCAGGGGGGGCAGGGGUACCCCCAACUAGAGGGGGUGUGGAAAAACCCCCACCAGCGGGGCACCGGGGGAGCCCCACCAGAAGGGGAGGGGCCCAGAAGAGGCAGUAUUCAAUUGUUGUUGCUUCAAGGCAUCCGGAUAAGUUUUCCUGCCCAACAGCUUCUUGGCCUGUCCCACACUGAUGUGUUCGUCAAGAGAUUUUAG